AUGAACGGAAAUGAAUCAGCAGCUCCAAUGGCGCGAUACAUAGUUCGCAGCUCCGAUGUGCUGCAAGACAUGCGUAUUAACGUCUCCUUGGAAGGGUCGGAGAAGGUGGUCUGGUACAAGGAACGAUUCCUUACGGACGAUGAGAUAGUCGAGCAGAUUGUGGACAACGCUACUUCCACUGCCCUCUGGACCGUCCACCGCCCCAUACGCGGCUGGUACCUCCGCCUACGGACGCCCUCCUUUCCUCCGGGAGUCUUCAUUCCCCUCGUCCCUCUCCCCCAAACGUCACCAUACCAUUCCGAGGCCGCGCUCUCCUUCGCGUGCCGGACCAACCUACCCUCGCCAAACCCGGCGCGCAUACGCCCAUACACGCUCUCGAAGACGGACUCGGAGACAACACUCACCAACGAGCCGCCCGCACAAGCCUCCACCCGCCCCAGCCUGACCAGCGAGCACUCCUACCCGCCCACGCCGCCCACAGGCCCAGUCGUGACGGUCUCUCCCCCCUCUCCGCGCUCCGUGCACGCGAAGCUCGACUCCGUCUCCCUCAGCGAACCAGGGCCCGCCACCGCCCCUCGCCCCCCGCCCCCGACGGUGCGUUCCGCAGUAACACACUUCGUCGUCGCGCUCCGACAGCCCGCGGCGGUGACCGCUAAGGCGACGCCGUCGAUGUUCUCGCGACUGGUCUCCGCGCUGAAGAGCAGCACGCCCGUGCACGACUCCUCGUUCACGCUUUUCGCCAUCCCCGCCCCGCCACCGCGCUCGCCCGCCGGGGCGCCCGCGCCCGCGCCCGCACCCGGUCAGGGGCACGCGCUGACACCGCAUCCGCUGCUCGUGUUCCACGACCAGACGCCGAUGUGGACGGCGGGGAGCACGACGGGCCUGCUGGAGAUGGACGCGGAGCAGUGUCGGGUGCUCGGCGUCGAGCCCGCGUUCUACGUCGCCGUGGCGCUGACGUAUCUGGAAUUUGUGGAGGACCGGGACAGCUACGCCGUCGCGGCGUACGACUGA